AUGUGUCGCGGCACACCAAGCGUCUACGAACUACCCGGUGACCUUCCACCAGUAGCCGAACUGCCUGAUGACUCUAUACCGGCAGAGCUAUCUGGCGAGGACUUGUCUAAAGAGGAUGAUAGUACUGACUCCAGAGCUCCGCGUGCUGAGCUGGUGCCAGCGCGAUACUCGAAUGAAUUGUUACCAACGCCUUUCUCGGGGUUCUCUACGAUCUCAUCCAAUCCGUCGCUGAAGCCUUCUCCUCUCAACUUCUCACGGCCGAACUUCUCGCGACCACGUCCUGUAGAGGCCAAUUCCUACAACUUUGGCAGCAGGGCUGGUCCUGUGCCCGAGUACGAUCCGAACAAUCGACCGACGCUUUUUGGACCUGCUCAGACGCAUCAUGAUGAACAUCAAGAGAAAACCAAAGAUCGAGAUGAAAAUGAUGAUGGUAUUGAAACACCUGCACCAUCGCCUAGGGCAUACACAUGGGGCAAUUCACGGCAAAGUGUAGAUGGAGCAAGUAUUGGAGGAGCCAGCAUCGAUGAGGCUAUCCCACCUCCGAUCAAGACGUAUGCAGAUCUGCAAGACAUGCAAUCGCCAAGGGACAGCAUUGAUGAGGCUACACCACCAGCGAUUAGGGGCGCUAAUGGCUUCAACCACGAUUUCAGUAUAUUGAAUAUUUCAAGAGGGGAUAGCAUAUAUGAAGACUUUCCCACACCUCCUGGUACCAAGUCUCCGAAAGAACAAUUCCGGAAAGACUCACAGGCCUUGCCGCAUCAUCUCAGAGAGAGUGUCAACGAUGGUACACCUUCGUCUCCAGGACGGGGUACUCAUCCGCUCGCGCGCAUGAACACGACUAGCUCGAUGGCGAGUAGCUUUGACGAGGCCGUACCACCUCCUAUAUUCACACGGAGACAUCAAUUGUCACAUAUGGACACAGAGAGUUCGAGAGGAACAAAGUCUUCGGAUCAGACAAAGAGCUCCAGAGUCGACAGUGUUGUGGCUCCACCGUCCAGCGUACCACCAAGAAGCGUUGCACGAAAAGAGGUUUCAGCAGAGCCUGGUGCACCAAACGUGCUCAUCUACAAGCCAUACCUUGACUACGCUUCUAGCCAAGGAUCAAAUUCUGUUCGCACCAGUACCGCCACUGACCGCAAUGAGAGCAACUCAGCUUCUGGAUCGGAUAGCAACCGGAGAUACAGUUCUGCAGGCAGUGAGACUAGUUCAGUGGCAGACUUUGCCUUCGAUGGUCAACUAGGCUGGAACCCGCGCAACAAUGCUGCCUCCGCAAAGGAAGCCAAUCGUCAACAGCGGUGGUCAGCUCCUCUUACGAAUCCCCUGAAAUUAGUGACUUCGCGAUCCAAGGGCAAGGAGAAGCAACAGACACCGAUGCCUACAAUGCAGGAACAACCAUCACGUCAAGGCUCGGAAUCAAGUUCACAAAAUGCUCUUUCGCCAGCCUCGAGCAGGGCAUCUACAGGCACAGGAAGCAGUGCUUCCAGCAGACCACCGACCAUCCCUGCGCGAGUCCCUCGCAUCAUCAAACGAACAUCUAUUGACCAGAUGUCCGAGCAUGUCAAUCCUUGGCAAGGCGAGACCAUGAGCGAUCGUGGCAGCGUGUCCAGCAACGAAUGGACGAGCAGUGAAGUUGAUACUUCAAGUCUGAGUGUAGAGAAGAUACACAAGCUCAAGAAGAAGGGAAUCAACCCUGCGCUAUAUGUCGAGAUGCAGAAUGCGCGUAAAGGGAAGAAUAAAUGGGUUAGCCCUUUGCAGGGCAACUCUUUCAUCUCCUGA